ACACGAAAAAGAUUAUGAUUUAGCUAAUCUGUGCCGGACGAAGAUCCACAUUCGGUCUCAGCAGUUUUAAUUGAACAUCGACUCGCUCAAGAUGUUCUACAAAGUGUUCAUCAUUUUAACAAUAUUAACGAUAGUGAGCAUCCAUUGUGCUCCGCUGAUAAGCACCAGUGAAACGGCGAACAUAAACUUUCGUCUGCCGAACAAUACUGUACCUGAGCAUUACAAAAUCAGCCUACGAACAUGGAUACACGAGGGUAACUUCACAUUCACUGGCAUUCUGAGUGUGGAUGUUCGGCCAACAGAACCGACCGAUUUUAUCACGAUUCAUCAGGAUGGAUUCAUAAUUGGCGAUAUUCGCUUAUCGUCUGAAGAUGGCUUGAUUCCUAUUGAGCCGUUCGAAUACAAUUCAACGUUGGACUUCUUAACCAUUCCGACCAGUGUGAAUUUAAAUCCAAGACAGAGAUAUUCGUUACGCAUUGAAUACACAGGCACUUUACGGGAUGAUGAUCUUGGCUUUUAUCGAUCGUCGUACGUUAAUGAUUCUGGAGCUACCGUUUGGCUGGCAGCAACUCAAUUUCAAACCGGUUCGGCUAGGCGAGCAUUUCCCUGUUAUGAUGAGCCUGGGUUGAAGGCUACCGUACAAGUCGACAUAACUCACGAUGCAUCCUACGAGGCUCUAUCGAAUAUGCCAGAUACAAGCAGAGUGGAAAAUGCGGAUGGAUCUGUUACAACAUUUUUUGAAACAUCACCGCCAAUUUCAACAUACUUAGUGGCAUUCGUUGUGUCCAACUUUCCACAUUUAACCGGAAAUACAUCAAGACCAAUAUUGCAGCGAGUGUAUGCUAGGCCAACGGCGAUGAAUCAAACCGACCUGAUAUUCCAAAUUAGCGAACCGAUGCUCGAUAACAUGAUUGACUAUUUCGGAGUGGGUUAUCCACUGCCGAAAUUGGAUUCAAUAGCACUUCCCGAUUUUAGAUAUGGAGCGAUGGAGAAUUGGGGACUUAUUACAUAUCUCGAAGUUUUAUUUUUAUUCGACGAGAAUACAUCAACUUAUGCUGACAAAAUGGGUGUGGUAUCUGCAGUUGCUCAUGAGUACGGACAUCAAUGGUUCGGUAAUCUCGUGUCGCCCUCAUGGUGGACUUACAUGUGGCUCAAUGAAGGAUUCACCAGUUAUUUCCAAAACAAAGCUAUGGACAUGGUGUUCCCAAAUUGGAAUACGAUCGAUUACUUUACUGUCCGAACAUUGCAAGAUACUUUCCGAAACGAUGCGCUGGAGACGUCUCCUCCAAUGAAUAUGUAUAUCGAACAUCAUGACUUAGUUACUGGACUUUUUAGUCAAAUGACAUCGGCUAAAGCUGCCUGCAUUGUUCAAAUGUUCCUGCAUGCUUUUACAGAGUCUACAUUUUUGAAAGGAUUGGAACUGUACUUAAAUGACAGAGCCUUUUCCAUUGCUUCGGAAGAAGAUGUCUUCCGUUUCAUGGAAAUAGCAGUAAAUGAGGAUAACUCUGUUCCCGAUGACAUCGACGUACCAACAGUCAUGUUCUCUUGGACAAGUCAAGCUGGAUUUCCGCUGAUUGAAGUUACCCGUAACUAUGAUUCCGAAAUCGGAGCAAGAACUGUACGUCUGUCCCAAGAGCGGUACUAUUCGGACCAAUCGAAUUCACCGAACAACAUAACAUUUUGGAUACCGUUGAACUACGCUACAACAGAUAAUCCUAGCUCAGACGUUACUACACCAGACCUUUGGUUUCCACCAACGAGAGAUAUGGAGUUUACCAUACCGUCACUAGGCGAAAGUGAUUGGUUGUUGUUAAACAAACAGGCUAGUGGAUAUUAUAGAGUUCUCUAUGACGAUACCAAUUAUGAACUGCUUGCCGAUGCAAUGGUAAGGAAUAUCAGUCUGUUCCAUCGCCUGAAUCGGGCUCAGAUCAUUGAUGAUGCAUACAAUUUUGCGAGAAUUGAUCGAUUGACCUAUGCCGAAUUUCUCAAUAUUGUUCGAUUUUUGGAAAACGACAACGAAUACGCAUCCUGGUAUCCGGCAAAUACCGCCUUCACAACUAUCGAUCGCGCAUUUUCGGGACAUGCAGACUAUCCUCUGCUCGCUGAAUUCAUCAGGUCACUAGUCGAACAUUUGUAUGAUACCGUCGGCCCUCGUGACAUUCCGGACGAACCUUUGCUUCGGAAGUAUUCACGACCCCUAGCUAUUCAAUGGGCUUGUAAUUUGGGUUCAGUUCAUUGUCGUAGUGAUGCUGCACGUGAAUUACGUGAACUUAUGGUAACGGGUGUUGAAUUCCAUCAAAACGUCCGAAGCGUUCUUUACUGUGCCGCAUUACGUAGCGGCAAUUCAAAUGAUUUCUACUUCGUGUGGGAUCGAAUGUUGUCCACUGACGGUGUAACCGGUCGAAAUUUACUCAGUUCAGCUUUGGGUUGUUCAACAUCUCGGAGACUGUUGAGGGAAUUGCUGAGAUCUACUGUGGAGGGGACAAAUGACAAUGACAUCGAAUAUAGACCUGGUGAGGCGUAUAGAGUGUUUACAUCUGUUUAUCAAAACGGACUGCUAGGUUUGGAAAUGGCGUUGGAUUUCUUGGUGGAGAAUACACAAGAAGUAUUCGAUGAUUUUGGUUUUGCAAAUUUCGAGAACGUCAUCAUCGGUAUGUCGCAGCGUGUCAGUUUGUCAAUGAGAAAUAGGUUCACUGAUUUGGUCAACGCUGUCUACGAAGAAAGACUAAUUGCCGACCAUAUUCCGUUCUACGCCAACUUGUAUAUGGACAACAACAAAGAUUGGCUCGAUCGUUAUGGUGAAGAUGUUUCGAUCUGGUUGAGACAAUUGAAGGACUCUCUCAAGAUGUUCUACAAGGCUAUCUUCAUAUUAACAAUAUUAACGGCAGUCAGUAUCCAUUGUGCUUCAUUAAUAGCCACCAGUGAAACGGCGAGCCUUAAUUUCCGUCUGCCCAACAAUACUGUACCCGAGCAUUACAACAUCAGCCUGCGAACAUGGAUACACGAGGGUAAUUUCACAUUCACUGGCAUUCUGAGUGUGGAUGUUCGGCCAACAGAAUCGACCGAUUUUAUCACGAUUCAUCAGGAUGGAUUCAUAAUUGGCGAUAUUCGCUUAUCGUCUGAAGAUGGCUUGAUUCCUAUUGAGCCAUUCGAAUACAAUUCAACGUUGGACUUCUUAACCAUUCCGACCAGUGUGAAUUUAAAUCCAAGACAGAGAUAUUCGUUACGCAUUGAAUACACAGGCACUUUACGGGAUGAUGAUCUUGGCUUUUAUCGAUCGUCGUACGUUAAUGACUCUGGAGCUACCGUUUGGCUGGCAGCAACUCAAUUUCAAACCGGUUCGGCUAGGCGAGCAUUUCCCUGUUAUGAUGAACCUGGAUUGAAGGCUACCGUACAAGUCGACAUAACUCACGAUGCGUCCUACGAGGCUCUAUCGAAUAUGCCAGACACAAGCAGAGUGGAAAAUGCGGAUGGAUCUGUUACAACAGUUUUUGAAACAUCACCGCCAAUUUCAACAUACUUAGUGGCAUUCGUUGUGUCGAAUUUUCCACAUUUAUCCGGGAGUCCAUCCAGACCAAUAUUGCAGCGAGUGUAUGCUAGGCCAACGGCGAUGAAUCAAACCGACUUGAUAUUCCAAAUUAGCGAACCGAUGCUCGAUAAAAUGAUUAACUAUUUCGGAGUGGGUUAUCCACUGCCGAAAUUGGAUUCAAUAGCACUUCCCGAUUUUAGAUAUGGAGCGAUGGAGAAUUGGGGACUUAUCACCUAUCUAGAAGACUUAUUUUUAUUCGACGAGAAUACAUCAACUUAUGUUAACAAAAUGGAUGUGGUAUCUGCAGUUGCUCAUGAGUACGGACAUCAAUGGUUCGGUAAUCUCGUGUCGCCCUCAUGGUGGACUUACAUGUGGCUAAGUGAAGGAUUCACCAGUUAUUUCCAAAACAAAGCUAUGGACAUGGUGUACCCAAAUUGGAAUACGAUUGAUUACUUUACUGUCCGAACAUUGCAAGAUACUUUCCGUAACGAUGCGCUAGAGACGUCUCCUCCAAUGAAUAUGUAUAUCGAACAUCAUGACUUAGUUACUGGACUCUUUGGUCAAAUGACAUCGGCUAAAGCUGCCUGUAUUGUUCAAAUGUUCCUGCACGCUUUUACAGAGUCUACAUUUUUGAAAGGAUUGGAACUGUACUUAAAUGACAGAGCCUUUUCCAUUGCUUCGGAAGAAGAUGUCUUCCGUUUCAUGGAAAUAGCAGUAAAUGAGGAUAACUCUGUUCCCAAUGACAUCGACGUACCAACCGUCAUGUUCUCUUGGACAAGUCAAGCUGGAUUCCCGCUGAUUGAAGUUAGCCGUAACUAUGAUUCCAAAAUCGGAGCUAGAACUGUACGUCUGUCCCAGGAGCGGUACUAUUCGGACCAGUCGAAUUCACCAAACAACAUCACAUUUUGGAUACCGGUCAACUAUGCUACAACAAAUAAUCCUAGCUCAGACGUUACUACACCAGACUUUUGGUUUCCACCGACGAGAGAUAUGGAGUUUACCAUACCGUCACUAAGCGCAAGGAAUUGGUUGUUGUUGAACAAACAGGCUAGUGGAUAUUAUAGAGUUCUCUAUGACGAUACCAAUUAUAAACUGCUUGCCGAUGCAAUGGUAAGGAAUAUUAGGCUCUUCCAUCGCCUGAAUCGGGCUCAGAUCAUUGAUGAUGCAUACAAUUUUGUGUUAAUUGAUCGAUUGACCUAUGCUCAAUUUCUCAACAUUGUCCGAUUUUUGAAAAAGGAUAAUGAAUACGCAUCCUGGUAUCCAGCGAUUACCGCGUUUACAACCAUCGCCCGCACAUUUUCCGGACAUGCAGACUAUCCUCUACUCGCUGAAUUCAUCAGGUCUCUAAUCGAGCAUUUGUAUGAUACCGUCGGCCCUCGUGACAUUCCGGACGAGCCUUUGCUUCGGAAGUAUUCACGACCCCUAGCUAUUCAAUGGGCUUGCAAUUUGGGUUCAUUUCGUUGUCGUCGUGAUGCUUCACGCGAAUUACGUAAACUAAUGCUAACGGGUGUUGAAUUCCACCAAAAUGUCCGAAGUGUUCUUUACUGUGCUGCAUUACGUAAUGGCAGAUUUAUUGAUUUCUACUUCGUAUGGAAUAAAAUGUUGUCCACUGAUGAUGCAAGCGAUCGAGAUUUGCUAAGUGCAUCUUUGGGUUGUUCAACAUCUACUAGACUGUUGAACGAAUUGCUGAGAUCCACUGUGGAUGCUACAAAUAAUAGUGGGAUUGAAUAUAGACCUGGUGAAGCGUACAAAGUUUUUACUUCGGUCUAUCAAAACGGUCUGCUAGGUUUAGAAAUGGCGUUGGAUUUCUUGGUGGAAAAUACACAAGAAGUAUUCGAUAAUUUUGGCUUUACAAAUUUCGAAUACGUCAUCAUCGGUAUGUCGCAUCUAGUCAGUUUGGCAAUGAGAAAUAGGUUUACUGAUUUGCUUAAUGUUCUCUACGAACAAAAACUGAUUGCCGACCAUAUUCCGUUUUAUGCCAACUUGUAUAUGGACAAUAACAAAGACUGGCUCGAUCGUUAUGGUGAAGAGGUUUCGAUCUGGUUGAGGCAAUUAAAGUAAACAUUCGAUAUACGAACUUUCGUAAAUUUUGGU